CUGGAAGUGAAACGGCGAGCCGGGUUGAAACCGAGAGCGAUUAAGAACAACAACAACGGAGGGGGAUUGCUCUCGAUUAAGCAAAACAAAUCUUCAAAGAAGAAGAAAGCAGUUUUUCAUUUCGUUUGUCAGGCUACAUAAAUUAUGAUUAGCAAUGGAGUUCUUGAAUGCCCUGGUGUUCUACCUGAUGCUGUUUGUAGUUGGAAGUCUGUGCUUGCUCUACAGGGAUGCUCCAAUACUCAGUACUGGAUUACUAGGGCAUGUUAGGCGAUUCCUGGUUGAGUGCAGUGGAAGAGUUGUGCCACCAGUGCUACAGAAUAUUAUUUACAACCUCUUCAAGUACCUUUUGUAUAGAAGGAAUUUUGUGUUUCAGCUGAUAUAUGUUGGUGGCUGCAUACUAGCCCACUCUAUAUGGGCUAUAGAUAUGAUUCCCAUCCUGCGUCACCACUACCCCAAUGAGAAUCAUAUAUUCUGGCCCAUGUGUGCCGUGCUGUGUAACUAUAUCUUUUGGCACUUUGCCUGGAUUGAUGACCCAGGUGUACUUAAUAGCAAGAAUCAACCAAACUACACAAGAGUCUAUGACUGUGAUGAGGUUCUGUAUGAAAGUGGAAAAGUUUGCUCUACCUGCCAAAUUCCAAAGCCAGCCAGAUCCAAACACUGCAGCAUUUGCAAUAAAUGUGUACACCGUUUUGAUCAUCACUGCAUAUGGACCAACAAUUGUGUAGGGGCUCUCAACCACCGUUACUUCAUUCUCUUCAUGGCAACACUGCUGGUGGGGCUAGCUCAUGGAAUGUAUGUCACCAGUGUUACACUUCUAGCCUAUGCUAAGGAUGUCAAUCUGUUCAGUGCGUCAUUUAUGAACGAUGAAGGGCAGCUUCAGCAGAUGACACUGUCUGUCGCUUUCCAGCAUCUGUUCAUGGAACUCCCCCGUGUUGUGUUCAUUGCCUCAGCAGUCCUGGUACUGAUCAUUCUGGUGGGAAUAUUUUUCUGCCAUCACCUGUAUCUUGUGAUCACAAACCAGACAACGAACGAGCGCCAUAAACUUCAGGAGCUGUCCUAUCACCAUAUGCUAUGUGAUCCAAAACAAAACCUCAGGUCAAGAACAAACAAAACUGGAAGCAAGUGUAUGCCAAAUAAUUUGUCUGGCUAUAGACCAUACUCAAGAGGUUAUUUCAAUAACUUAUUGGAAGUUUUUCUACCUCAUAACUUUAUAAUAUUCAGAUUAAAGACAAAAAAAUAGAGUUAAUUGUGAACAAAAUUUAUUAACCCAAAUCAUAUAUUUAUUAAUCAUGAUAAACAGAUUACAAAAAUAAAAUAUAAUUGGAUGUAUG